AUGUCAUCCCUUCUGAAGUCUUCAGAAUACAAAACCACCCCGCAGGACCCUACAACCUAUCUAGAAAAAAAAACCAAAGCUCUCAUCACUGCCUCGAAGCUUCCGAUAGAAAUCAGAAAAUCUCUCAUCCCAAGGGAAAAAUCUUCUCGAAUCCCUCGAAUCUACGGAUUGCCUAAAGUUCACAAACCGGACAUCCCUCUUCGUCCAAUCGUCAGUGCCUUUGGAUCCGCAACUCAUCAUCUUGCUAAAUACUUAGCUUCUACACUUCAACCACUAGCUGAAGAAUCAUCAUCGCAUGUAAAGAAUUUUUUCCACUUCAUCGAAACCUUAAGAACGUAUCAAAUUUAUGAGUCAGACAUUCUUGUCAGUUUUGACGUCGUAUCUUUCUUCAUCAAAAUUCCACUCAAAGAGUCUCUUGAAAUACUGGAGACCAAACAUCGCAUACCCCAGGAUACAUUGACCCUUAUAAACCAUUGCAUGUCCAACACGUACUUCCUCUUUCAAGGUACAUUUUACAAACAGGUGAGGGGUGCACCCAUGGGAUCUCCACUUUCUCCAGCCAUCGCUGAUAUUUACAUGGAAGAUUUUGAAACCAACGCCAUCGAAUCGUUCCACCUAAAACCUCCUUGCUGGCUUCGAUAUGUGGACGAUGUCUUCGUCAUAUGGCCACAUGGACCCGAAACUCUCCAAGACUACUUUGAUCAUCUGAAUAAUAUAAAUAUCCAUAUCAAAUUCACUAUGGAAGUUGAAACCAACAACUCACUCCCUUUUCUUGAUGUCCUCGUAGCGAAAUCCAACGAUUCCUUCACACACACGAUAUACAGAAAACCAACCCACACAAACCGCUACCUGAAUGCAAAUUCACACCAUCAUCCAUCUCAAAUCAUAUCCGUAUUGAACUCCUUAAUCCAUAGAUCCAUAAAACUGACAGAUAACCUACACAUUCAAAAAAAAAUCGACAUCCUUCAGACCGCCCUACAACAGAAUGGCUACAACAGUCAACAAGUUCAGAAAGCCAUCAAUCGACAUCAGACCCAUACACAACAGCCCAAAAAUCCUCCAGAAAAUUUCCCUCAUAAAGCUUUUCUACCUUUUAUCUAA